UCCAACCCAAUGGUUUUGCCUUUUUUUUUUUGGUUUUUUACGGUUCAUUCCGGUUUGAUUCGAAGCUGGUUCAUUCUUCAAACCAGACCGGAAUGGGGCCGAUUCACCGAUUUUCUGGUUGAACCGGCUGGUUCGGUUUUUUUUUUCCAUUGGAAUUAAACCUCUCCCUAUUAAUUAUAGUCGCUCUAGAGUGAUAAAUGCCUCGGUUUCUGCCAUUUCCUUCAUCUAUAUGCAACUACAUAACAUAACCAUGGCAGCAGAAAAGUCUCAACCCUCUCAUCUUCCUGUUCAUCCCAAGUACCUCCACGAAGAUGAUGACCUAUCCCCAGAGUGCAAGGACCUUAUUGCUAUGUUGCCCACUGAAUCGGGUUGGAUUAACAAAUGGAUCCAUCAAUACGAUGGUUUCUGGCUCACCACAAACCAACUGCAAGGAACCCUAAAUUGUCAAAAGUACUUUCAAGCUCAUGACUCCGACAUCAUCCUUGUAACUUCACCAAAAGCCGGUACCACAUGGCUCAAAGCCCUUGUUUUCACCAUUCUCAACCGCAAGACCCACGAUCCGAACCCACAAUUAGACCCGACCCAAACAUGCCACCUUCACCCUCUCCUCACUACUAAUCCUCAUGAUCUUGUACCCUUCUUAGAGACUGUCUUGUACUUACAAACCACCAUGCCUGACUUGAGCUCUUUCCCAUCACCAAGGCUCUUUGCAACCCAUCUGCCGUAUGAUUUACUACCAGAGUCUGUGAAGCAAGCAAGGUGUAAGAUUGUAUAUUUAUGUAGAAACCCGAAGGACCAAUUUGUGUCGAUGUGGCACUUUGCGAACAAGUUAAGACCAGAAAGUCGAGGGUUGAUUGGGAUUGAGGAUUCGUUCGAUAAAUUUUGUCAGGGGAAGAUAGGUUUUGGGCCAUUUUGGGAUCAUAUUUUGGGAUACUACAAGGAGAGCUUAGAGAGGCCAGAGAAGACAAUGUUUUUGAGCUUUGAGGAGUUGAAGGGUGAGCCAUUUAAGGUUUUGAAGGACCUAGCAGAGUUUAUAGGGUCUGGUUUCUCUGAGGAUGAAGAGAACAACAACUUUGUGGAAAAUAUAUUGAAGCUUUGCAGUUUUGAGAAUUUGAGCAAUUUGGAAGUCAAUAAGAACGGAAAAGUGUGGACCGGAAUAGAGACUAAAACUUACUUUAGACGAGGAGAAGUUGGAGAUUCGAAGAAUUUCCUUACAUCUGACAUGAUUGAGCGUCUUAACCUUAUCAGUCAGGAGAAGCUGGGCAAACAUGGCUUCAAAUUUUAGAUCCAUGAGUGUUACGUGGGCCAUUCACCAUAUGAUCUCGUCUACCAAAGACAAGGUUCGAGUAAAACUUUCUACGUUACAGUGUCCAGCUUUUCUUAAUAUUUUGAUAUUUGGGUUUCUUCUCUAUGGAAAGACUCUUAUUGUGUGUUAUAAUGUAUGAUGGCUUUUU